AUGUUUCAACUUCCAACUUCUCUGGGCGUGGGCCGCUGCGUGGGCCGCUGCGUGGGCCGCUGCGUGGGCCGCUGCGUGGGCCGCUGCGUGGGCCGCUGCGUGGGCCGCUGCGUGGGCCGCUGCGUGGGCCGCUGCGUGGGCCGCUGCGUGGGCACAGGCACCGUUGCACUCGGAGGUUUUGUCUUCUUCUCUGGUGGGAACUCAGAGACCACGGGAUCAGCCUACACCUACAGCUACGUCACCGUGGGGGAGUUUGUGGCCUUCUUCAUCGGCUGGAACCUGAUUCUGGAGUAUUUGAUCGGGACGGCAGGCCGGGGCCUCGGCGCUCAGCAGCAUGUUCGAUUCUCUGGCCAAUCACACACCGUCAGCCACUACAUCAUCACUCACCUGGGGGCUCUGCGGGGCCUGGCCCUGAACUCUGAUGUCGACGAUUCCCAAGCUGAGGUCAGCGCCCCACAGCAGUACACCUCAAACGUACUGCGGAGAGGAGUAGCCGGCACAGUGGGAGUGAAGGGGAUCGAUGGACACACAGGCAUCUCCCCGGACACCCGUUACCCAGCUCCUGCUCGCUCCUGGCCCACGCACAGCUCCGAACGCCGCCUCUGUGGAACACAUAAGACACAAUAA